AUGCCGCCACGACUCCCACGGCUAGCCCCCGGGCGACUGCGACUGGCGCGCACCGACAAUCUGCUGCCGAAGACGUCGAAAUGUUUACUCUGCCAAUUCAAUGCGGCGCCAUCAGCGGGUGGUGGUGGGAGACAGGUACCGCGUCGGCGGGAGCAAACUGGGAUCGCAGCUAUGCCGCGGGCGCGACGGGGACUUUCUACUGCGACUGCGACUGCGGUGGUGGAGGAGGAGGAUAUUGAGACGAAGCCACUUACGCCUAAACAAGCAAUUGCCGAGCUUGAGAAAGCACUGAGCGACCUCGAGAAACACGCAGUUGGGUACGUCAACCUCCCGCGCCUACGACUGGCGCAGCGCGGUGUCGAGCAGCAAGGUGGGCAGGAGGUUAUACGCGUUGCUGUCAUUGCGCUGGCGGGGCAGGGGAAGUCCACGGCGAAGAGUAGGGAAUUGAUACGGUUGCUUCUUGCGGAUCCGUUGAAGGCGGAGGAGGAGUGGGAGAGGAGUUUGAUGGGGACGGGGGAUCCGGUGUUAUUGCGUAUCAGCCACCGCUCUGGCGGGGUUGUGGAGGGGGGAUUCAAGAAUCGGCUGGUGAAGGAGGUGCAGAUCUCUUCAGCGAUGUUGAAUGACCAUUACCUCGAGAUUCUGGUUAUUGACGGAGAUGUCCUGACGGAAUCCGAGGAGGGGACCGCGGGACUCACAGAGAACGUGCUGGUUCCCAAUAUCCAGAUCCCCGCGUCAUUCGGCGCGCACUACUCCCCCAUAACAGCACCAGUCCAUAAAGCCCUCGUAGUAGGCGACGGCAUCCUCGGCGCUGCAUCGCUUCUUCGACUACCGACAAUGGAGGGGGAUCUCAUCCAAACCGCCGUCGAUCUACCAUCCAGUAUCCACGACACAGACGCCACCACCAGCCAAUUCCACUCCGUCGACGUAUCACUCGGCACUUCCGCCCUAACCGCCUUCCGCGAAGACGUCGGUAACGCACUAGCAUACGAACACCAAUGGACCGCCUCCGGGCUCCCCACCCUCCGCGACUGGGUCAUCUCCGGCUCCUCCUCCUCGUCUGCAGCACCGCUAAAACCACCAGUCCACUCCCUCAUCCGCUCCCUCCUCUCCUCCACAGAAGAGAAAAUCCAUUACCGCGAAGCCUCUGCCCUAUCCGCCGCGCUGUCCGCAAAAGUGUCGUCGGCAACCACGCAAUCUCUCCAGCGCGACCUGGAUGAGUGGGCAGAAGCUGCGCACACGGAACUGCGCGACCAGCUCGACCUCGCGUUCUCGGGACGGCGAUGGCGCGCGCUGGCGUGGUGGAAGUUGUUCUGGCGCGUUGACGAUGUGUCGGCUAUCACAUCUGAUAUUCUCGCGUCGCGAUUCCUUACUGGGGCGGAGCAGGAGGUUAUAUAUAUCGCUGGGAAGAUCGACGCAGCUGGUGUGCUUGGGGAGGCGAAGACUCCGCUGCCUUCGGGUAAGAAUUGGGCGUAUAAAGAUGCGCCGCUGAUACGCGAUCCGGAGGAGGAGGUGCCUCUUGGUGUUGCACCAACCACAGAACCCCGCGUCAGGGAUGUGAUUCCAGUUAUUGAAACACCCCUCGACGGACCCAUCGCCACACCAGCUAUAAAAGCACACCCCUGGCCUCUCCACAUCCCCCUAACACGCUCCUACAUCGCCACAACCAGCAUUCCGCGUCUGCAAGCCCUGGCGCAGAAACUCGUCGCGCAGACGCUGGGGACGACGGUGUUUAGUUCGGUGUUCGCGGGGCUGAUAUAUGUGUCAAAUCUUAGUGUUGGGAUCUAUGAGGCUGGGGCGGUGGCGGCGCUGGGGACGGUGUGGGCGCUUAGGAGGAUGCAGGCGGGGUGGGAGGGGGGGAGGGGCUGGUGGGAACGGGAGGUUAGGGAGGAGGGGAGGAAGGCGGUUAGGGGGGUUGAGGGGGUUAUGGGGGGGGUGUUGAGAGGGGGACAGGGAAGGGGUUUAGGUGGGGGAGAAGGGGAGGGGGUGAGGGAGGCGAAGGAGGCGGUUGUAAAAGCGAGGAAAGCGCUGGAGGUUGUGGAGGGGGGGGAGAAAUAG